UACCGCGGGGCUUUGUCUCGUUAAAUCAACCCUAAUCGGGCAUAAUGUCUUUCAUUUGUCUCAUUGAAGGGGGAGGGGAGUGAAAGUAUAGAGGAAGAGAGGGGGAUUUAACAUUCACAAAAAAGGCGACACCAACAGAGAAUGCGCGAUGGAGAAAAACGACAGAGGUGAGGAAGAAGAGGAAGAACAGAGGCGAGAGAGGGGGGAGGCAGGUCGUUUGUAUAGUUUGUGCCCCACUGGGAAGAAGUUCCGGAGCAAGCCUCAAUUGGCCCGUUACCUUGGCAACUCCAUGGAUCUCAGCUCCUUUGAUUUCCGCACAGGCAAGAUGCUCAUGAGCAAACUGAACAAGAACAGACAGAGACCCCGAUAUGACAACAAUAGCCAGACUAAGGGCAAACCCGACCUGAAUACAUCCCUCCCGGUACGACAGACGGCCUCCAUCUUCAAACAACCUGUCACAAAAGUCACCAACCACCCCAGCAAUAAGGUUAAAACAGACCCACAGAAGGCCAUUGACCAGCCCAGACAGCUUUUUUGGGAGAAGAAGUUGAGUGGCCUCAAUGCCUUUGACAUAGCAGAGGAGUUGGUGAAAACAAUGGACCUCCCCAAAGGCUUACAAGGAGUGGGCCCUGGCUGCACAGAUAAGACCCUGUUGUCAGCUAUUGCCAGUGCUCUUCACACCAGUGGGGCUCCCAUCACGGGCCAGCUGUCCGCCGCUGUGGAGAAGAACCCCGGCGUGUGGCUCAACACGGCUCAGCCUCUCUGCAAGGCCUUCAUCGUCACAGACGAGGAUAUCAGGAAGCAAGAGGAGCUGGUGUACAGCGUGCGAAAGCGACUGGAGGAGGCUUUGAUGGCCGACAUGUUGGCUCACGUGGAGGAGACGACUAGUGAGGGCGACGCACUCAAACAGGAGGGGAAUUGCAAUGAUGAUAAACAGGAAGUAUAGCAAAGGGCAUUCAAAUGUGUCUGAAUUCCCAACCCAACCAGACUCUUGUUGAUCAACACACCACGUUACCGUGAUCUCCCAGCUUCGCUGAAUAUCCAUCCAUGUACGCCCCUCAGUUGGGAUCUCUCUGAGACUGUUGGCUCGAUUUUCAGGCAUUUUUCUGUUUUAUUAUCAUGUUUUUUUUUUUAUUUUUCAAACAUUUUUCUAAAAGAACAAAAUGUUAGAAAAGUUCAGCAGUUGAACUGCCUUUCUGCAUUAAAUGUUUUUUGGGAGGAGGUAUUUGGAUUUGAUAUGGAGAUGACAAUCAAGUCAAAAAUACAGUCCUCUAGUUCUAGUGGGUGCUAUACUUUGUCACAGCUGACCUAAACUGAUAAGUUGAUUAUUCUCUGUGACUAAAAAUGUUUAAAGCUCUGUCAAAAAGAGAAAGGUACAUGUUGGUGCAAAAAAAUGGACCUUCUCUCUUAUUUUCACAUUAUUUUACCCUCUUUGUUAAUCAAACUAAGGUGCAAAUCAGUGUUAUGCUGUCUAAAUUCAGUUUCAAUGUGUUAUUCUCAAUGCCAAAUGUUUUACUGGGGAGGCAUUGAUAAACAUAUUAACAGUUAAAAGCCAUAGUGUGCAGGUAUGGCUUUGGUUUACUUCAAAUGUUACGUUUUCAACUCAUCUGGUGCUUGUUAUAACUGCCUGUUUUUUUUCUUUAUAAGCUAUUCAUACUUGACACUGAAUAACAUUUCCACAGUCUGAACCUGAAAUUCAAAUGUGAAUGGUGAUUCAUAAAAUGUGACGCGUGAUUCAUAUAAAGUGAUGUGUAAACAUCCUCCUGUGAUAAGCAACUUAAUUAAACGUGUUACGGGGCGAAAACUAUGUUUUUUAAAAAUGUUUUGUUCAUAGCCCACAGCAGCACACAUUUCUCAAAAUAAAAUGUUCUUGUGUUGAA